UCAUACGUUUUUAUACAAUUUACUCAGACAGCUUUUGUUAUAAAUAUGGUAAAGUCGAUACUGUUAAGUCUUUUGCUAUUGUUAGCUUCAAGGCAGAUAGAUGAUCCAAUUGUAGCAGAAAAUAUAUUGAACGAAUACGACUUCAUAGUGGUUGGUGCAGGAGCUUCGGGAGCCGUUGUAGCAAGCCGACUGUCCGAAAUUCCAGAUGCCAACGUGCUUUUGUUGGAGGCGGGUUCAACAGACUUGAAAUACCCAAUAAUUGAUAUUCCAUUUGCUGCAAGACAAGGCUACAGAUCUGAGUAUGAUUGGAAUUAUAAUAUUGUUCCGCAGAAACGAAAUCUACAAGCUUCUUUAGGAGUGGAGCAAUGGCCUAGGGGUAAAGUGCUCGGCGGGUCAACGUCUCUAAAUGCUAUGAUAUAUAUUCGGGGAAGUCCUCAUGAUUUUGAUUCUUGGGAGGAUCACGGUGCAGAAGGAUGGAGUUGGAAAAAUGUAGAGCCAUAUUUUAGAAAAAUUGAAGAUGCAGUUGAUCCAGAAAUGUCGGCUAAUUUGGGACGAGGUGGACCAUUAAAAAUAUCUCCUGUAUUUACUGACGAAAUGACAAGGAAAAUGAUAGAAGCUGGGAAAGAAAUGGGUUUGGAUGAAGUAGACUAUCACGACGACAAAAUGGAAGGUAUAGGUCCAAUCGUUCAAAGUCAGUACAAUGGUAUCAGAGUAUCGUCUUCCGAUGCAUACCUCAGGAGCAUUUUGCCAAGAAGGAAUAACAAAUUGCACGUUGUUACAAAUGCGCAUGUUACAAAGGUGAUGACAGAUGAGGAGAAACAAGCGGUUGGGAUACAAUUCGUGAAGAACGGCAUACCAUUCACAGUCAAAAGCCGUAAGGAAAUAGUUCUGUCCGCGGGGUCAAUUGGAACGCCACAAAUUUUAAUGCUGUCUGGAAUUGGGCCAGCAGAGCAUCUGAAGAAAAAGGGGAUUGAUGUUAUUCGUGACAUCCCAGGGGUAGGAUCUAAUAUGGAAGAUCAUUUAGUAGCUUGGAGUUUUCAUGGCAACAACUUCAAUGAAUUGGAGGGAGUGAGCGAAGAAAACGUUAAAAAAUAUAUUGUUAAUGGAACUGGUCAACUCUCUGUAGGUUUUGGCAUAGAUACUGCUAUACAUACCAGAACAAAAUACUGGGGAACAGACGUUAGUAAAAGCACAAUAAAAAGACCUUUUCCUUCGAUUCAAAUAUUCUUCAACUCAAACCCGGAUUCAGCACUACCAUUUCCGCACGACGCUGGGAAAAACUUUACCGCAAUGGCAGUCGGCCUUCAGCAUCCAAAAUCUGUGGGAACUAUUCGAUUAAAAUCGAAAGAUCCAUUUGAGCAGCCGAUAAUUGAUCCGAACUACCUUUCAGACGAUGAUGAUGUUCUUAUGCUUAUUGAAGGUUUAAAAAUAAUCGAAAAACUCGAAAUGACAAAGACAUUAAACAGUAUCGACUACAGAAUGAUAUUUCCGGAUUUAUGUAACUUCACAUCCAAUCAAACGCCUCCCCGGCCUGACAGUUUCUAUCGGUGUUAUAUAGGCCUGUCCACGAGAACACUUUAUCAUCCGUGCUGCACGGCCAAAAUGGGUGAAAAUGAUAAUAAAAUGGCCGUUGUUGACUCGAGACUUAGGGUUCGUGGUGUAAGAGGACUCCGUAUUGCUGACGCAUCAGUGAUGCCACAUUUGACUUCGGCAAACAUCCAAGCUCCGUGUUACAUGAUAGGAGAAAAAGCAGCAGAUAUGAUAAAAGAAGAUUGGAUGUAGAUUUGGUUGAUUUUACCACAUGAAAAUUUAGGAUCAGCAUUCACUUAGCCAGGCCAUCAAACUCCAAUAUAAAUAUAUAUAAUUCAAAUACUGUAUGAAAUUCAAGUAUAUAUAUUUUGAGGUAUAUAAAAAUUGAGAAUAGAUUGUUUCGAGAGUAUAUACAAUAUUAAAUCAUAUUCAGGAAGAAAAGUAGAUACACUAUGCUACCACUGACAUUUUCAAAUCAUUGGCCUGGUAGAAAAGCAUCUUUUCACAACAACAACGCUAAUUCUAACAACGUAAUAAAGACUUAGUUUCAAAUUGUAA